CGGGCCAGCUGCAGCAGCUCGGCUCCCUCGUCAUGGGCAUGAAGACGGAGACCUUGUUGACCCUCACCUCUGACAGGCUGCGGUCCUUCCUGCCCGCCAUAGUGCAGCACACGCCGUGCCGCAGCCCGCCACGAGCCAACUUCAUCACCACCAAACUAUGGGGCUUUCCAGAAGUGGUCCGUUGGUUGGAUGAUGUGGAGCUUUUGCUCGUUUGCACGCCCCUGGCCAGUGUCCUGCCCAGGACUUGGCUGCUCGUGGACGACAUUGCCAACGUAUCCGCAAAACCCUUUAACACACAGCAGGCUAAAGCGAUCUUCAGAGAGGCGCGUGAUGCAAAACCAGACUUAGUCCAAGAACAUUUUCUGAGUCUGGGAACACUGGGUCAAGGAGUGAGCUGCAAGGUAUUAAAGGAACAUUUUCAGGCGGACCCCUCGCCUCCUGCGGUGAUAAGAGUCCUGCUCUUCCUCAGGCAGCAGCCUGGUCCUCUUCACACCUCGCUGAAAAAGUGUGUGAUCGAGGAGCUGUAUCAGUUGGAGUUCUUCUCCGAGCUGCUGACAGAUCUCGGGGCUGAGAUCGCCCUCUCCAUGCCUGUGAGCACUAUCAACAAGUUCUCUACAGCUGAGAUGGACGCUCUGAGGAAGAUGAUCAUUCAGGACCCUCAUCCCUUUCUCCUGCAGCCUAGAACAAAACAGGAACUGCUGGUGGACAAAAUGGUGCAGAGGAUGGGCAUGUACACAGGGGUGUUCACCGAGGAGGAGUUCCGUUCACUGGGCAUCAUGGCACCGUUUGUGGUGGAUGAGGUUUUCUUCCGGGUGGACCGCACCUUCUUCGUCGACAAUCUGGUUUCCCUCCUGGGCCUCUGCUACAGCGCGAGCAAGAUGGACCUCGUGGCUCGAAUCCUGCAAGAACCUGCCGUCUUCGGCCCAGUGAAGAACUGGAACCACACGACACUGAGUCAGGUGGACUGGUUCCUCUUCUUCCUGCCUGACAGCAGUCUGCAGGAGAUUCCCCCGGCGUUGAUGACGGUGGGGCGUGUGGAGAAGCUGUUCAUGAGCCAGCGUCGGUGGGAACGUGGAGACGUGGGAGCCCACUGUCUGGACAAGAACGAGAGGAGGGACUUUUUUCAAAAGCAGCAGUUUGUCCUCCAGUUUUUCCUGGGCUUCCUCAAAAUAAACCCCCUGUCACCGAUUCCCAUUGUUCCUACCUGUGAGAUUCUGCACUCUAUAACUCCCGCCGCCUGGACCUCCAGCAGCCUGUCGAGCAUGUCGCCGUCGGCCUUCUCCAACUGUCUGGAGCUGAUGGGUCAUGACCCGUUCCUUGCAUCCUACCAACGCGGCCAGCUGCUCAACAAGGUCAAACAGAUGUACGGCCCCGUCUCCUCCUUCCCCCAGUCGCUGAUCUCUCAGCUGGGUAGACUGGCGUUGGAACUGACAGUCGACGAGCUGAGCAGCCUCCGACUGAUUGAGCGGCGGAGCAUCGCUGCUCUGGGUGCUGUCAGUGACUGGAGCGGCAGACAGCUGGCUACACUCUUUGACAAUGUGUUAAACUACACCAGUCAGCUGGACUCCAGCACACUGGUGGCAAUGGGAUACAUCGUGUGCGGAGCUACGACCGCAGAGAUGAACUCUUUCAAUGCCGUAGAGUUCAGUAACGCAGUGCUCUUUCUGGGUCAGCUGAGGCUGUCCUGCUCAGAGGAGCAGCUCGAUGCUCUGGUGGGGCUGCUGACACAUAGUCUGGCUUUUGGACCCAUAAGUUCGUGGGGAACUGAGGUCUUCAUUGAGGUCGGAGUUCUGGCAGCUGGUCUCCCCGACUUUGCCAUGUCGGCUUUGGUGAAAGAGCAAAUCGAAGGAAUCACACCCGUGGCCAUCUCAAUGAUCUCACCUAAACGCUUUAAUGUGGCUUUAAACUCCAGACAGAUCAGCAUGUUUUCCUACGAGCAGGCCGUUGCAGUAACUCAAGAGCAGGUCUCUUCUCUGUCGGACGUUCAGAGGACAGCUCUUGCUAUGGCGCUGACGCCCUGGGAGAACAGGCCUGUAGACUUCAGAGGGAAGUCACUGGGGUUGGCGCUGAGCCACAGUCCUCUGUGUCUCACACUGGGACUGCUGAUGCUGCUGUUCAUCCUGCCCUGCCCUGAUCUGCCCGGCCACAUGACCCCACUCACCCCUGCUGGAUCAGGAGACACCUCCUCGCCCACAUAACCAAGACGACGUCACCGAUCUGUGGAAACUUGACCUCUUACAAAUAAGCAGCACUUCUGGAUUUCUGAACACUGUAUUCAGUGUAUUUUAUUUUGUGCAGUUUUCCCUUGGACAUGUCAACAUUCAGCACUAAAUUAACCAAUCAAAUAAUUUAAUUCAAAAACAAUUUCACCGUAUGUACAACAUAUCUACAAAGUCCAACCAACACCCAUUUAUUUAUUUUCAUUUCACUUGGUUUAUUCAUUUAUUUAUUCAUUUAUUCAUACUUUGAGAUGCCUGUAUGAACUCCUGCUGUUCCCGUGUAUCUUCCUCAGGGAUGUGUCACCAUACCCAGGAAAACAAACCUAUAACCAAGUAGAUUUGGAUGUAGUUAUUAUACAAUUAUUAUUAACAAAUCCAAGUUGUGCUCAUCCCUACAAAGUUCUAUAUUUUUGCAAAAAUUAUAUACUAUUUUUAUCGGAGUAAGAGCUUUAACCUUUCCUACAUUUAUAUUUUGAUCAUGUGAUAAGAAGGUACAUCAUGCUCGCACUUCAGUCUAUUUUGCUGUGAGUUUUGUAUUGUUGUGCACACUUUCUGGUGUGAUAAAUAUAGACCUGGAUUAUUAAAAUGAACCACUCUGCCUCUGA